GCUAAUGUUAUGCCAAUGCUGAUCAGUGAAGCAGUCAAGGAGGUGGCCCCCAGCUCGCAUGCAUGAAACUGGAACUGCCUGGUCAGGUCUGAAGUGCGCUGCCAUGUGUGGUGGAGUCUGAUGUACAGAAGAUACCACACAACUUUGAGAAUCACAACAUUGAGAUGGGAUCUACAGCGUCACCCAUGAUGUAUGAAGUUAUGUCCUUCGACAACCUCUCCACCUGCGACACCCUGUACGUGCACAGGAGCUACGCCCGAGUCCUCAUGCCCAUCGUCUAUGGAGUGGUUUUCUUGAUAGGCCUGCUGGGCAACGCCCUGGCCUUGCACGUCAUCCGUCCCAACCUGAAGAAGAUGAACUCCACCACCUUGUACUCGCUCAAUCUGGUGAUUUCUGACAUCCUCUUCACGCUGUCGCUUCCCGUGAGGAUCACCUACUACGCGCUGGGCUUCCACUGGCCCUUGAGCGAGGCAGUGUGCAAGAUUUCGGGCCUCAUCUUUUACAUCAACACUUACGCUGGCGUCAACUUCAUGACCUGCCUGAGUGUCGACCGUUUCAUCGCUGUCGUCCUGCCGCUGCGCUUCGCCCGGCUGCGUAAUGUCAGCAACGUGCGCUACAUUUGUGGCGGUGUGUGGCUUCUGGUGCUAGCGCAGACCCUUCCUCUCCUUGGCAUGCCUAUGACCAACAACGAACCAGACGGCUUCAUCACUUGCAUGGAAUACCCCAAUUUCGAGAAGGUGGACCACAUCGCCACCAUUCUCAUUGGCGCCGUCUUCUUGGGUUAUGUCAUCCCGAUGACCACCAUCCUGGUGUGCUACUCCAUUCUGUGCUCCAAACUCCACUCCACGGCUAAGACCAACCACCUGACAGACAAGUCAGGGCGUAGCCGCAAGGCCAUUGGUGUCAUCUGCUGUGUGUCCCUUGUCUUUGUGGUCUGCUACAGUCCCUAUCACAUCAACAUUCUGCAGUACAUGGUCCGCAAGAUAGUGUCCAACCCGGACUGCGCCGACCUCACCGCCUUCCAGGUGUCGCUGCACGUCACGGUGAUUCUCAUGAACCUCAAUGCCUGCCUGGACCCAUUCGUCUACUUCUUCGCAUGCAAGGGCUACAAGAGGAAGCUCCUGAAGCUGCUCAAGAUGGAGGUCAGCAUGUCAGUCUCCAGCAUCAUCAGAACGUCACCCGAAGGCUCCUCCAAGGACGUUAUUGACGGCAACAAGAUCCAACUCAGCGGUUCCGCUUCUGGCUCGGCCAGUGAGAGGCUGAUGCAGAGAAGAUCGCAGCAGUACGUGUAAAUGAGAGGACUGAACAUUAAAAAGCUGGAAGGAUCCCAUCAAAGACUUUCCGUGGGAUGACGGGCCAUCGUGUACAGCAUGUGGGUCAAAGUGUUGUGUCAGAAGGUUUGCAAAGACUGGGAACUUCCUCAUGACCGUUCCAGUGAAACAAUCAAUGGAGUUGGAUGAAGACUGUCAUCAAGCUAUAAACUCCUUUGUCCUCCUUAAGUUACGUCAUAUUUUGAAUGUUUAUCUUCAACUUGCAGAAGUCACUAGUAACAAAUCAAUGUUCGUAUGUACAGGAUAUUUGCAGGCUGUCGAGCACAUGCCGAAACAAAAAGGGGCGCUAUUUUUUAGAAGCAUGUCCAAAAAUGGCUCCAUAAACGACAAUGGUGAAUGGUAAAUAUGAAUAUCGCAUAUGAAUGUAACAGUUAUUGAUCAAUGAAUGUUAUAAAUGAAUAUACUAAACUUCUGCUUCCAUGCCAGAGUCAUAUAAAGCAAAUUAAAUGCUGACAUCGCGGAUGUCAGUUUCGUAGCCAAAUUUUAUUGGGCCAAAGCAUUACAAAAAAAAACAAAAAAAAAACUCAAGGCGCACCACCAAGCAAGAAUGUUGAGAAUGAAUGGCAACAGACGCAUGCGUUCCUGCCAUCUAGUGGGAGAGCAUUUCAUUGUUCAGCCUGUCACUACACGUCGCUGGCAUUUGUAGAUGAACAAAAAUACAUUAUCGGUAGUAAAUAAAUACAGGUGGUCCUCAGAUUAUGAGUUCUGUUCCUACGACUGUGAUGGAAGUUCAGUUUUAGUGUAAGUUGUAACUUAUACCUAAAUACCGUCCCGAGAUGGGGUUUUCCUUGCCUGCGUUGAAAAGUUGAACUUUUUCAACUUUCUGGGAUGACAUGCACGAGCACAAAAUUUAACACGCACAAAUUUCUGUUGUUGCUUGGCUGGACGGUAACUUGCGAUAAUCGCCCUGUCGUGAAGCUUCCAUUGAAAAUGAAUGGACUAGAGGCGACGUCGCCUCCCGUGUGGGGCGCCCAUAAUUGGGAGGAGAAAGUCUCAAAAAUGAGACCACUAUGCUGCUUAGUUAUCACUGUCCAUUUCAUAGGAGCAGAUCUUUUAGCAUGUUCAAAGAUACCAUCUUUAUCCUUGAUGAUGGCCGCAGUGUUAUAAUGGCUUGGACACUAUAACACUGCCAUGCAGCCAAUGUUGACUUCUCUACUACUCCACUGAUCACCUGUAAUCAUUUUUGGUGCACCUGAUGACCUCUGACAGCUCAAACUACCAUAGCACAGUGCUUGGAAUCACUGUUGUAUUUCUAUAGACAGCCUCAGUGACUUCAAAACAUCCAUCCAGCCAUUUUCUAUGCUGCUUCUCCACACUAGGCUCUCGGGGGUAUGCUGGAGCUUAUCAAAGCUGACUUAUGGGCGAGAGGCGGGGUACACCCUGGACUGGUUGCCAGCCAAUCGCAGGACUUCAAAACAAUUACACCCAAUCAACAGAAGUAGGGAAAAAAAAGUAAAAAUCCAGCGAAAUUGAUCCUCAUCUGUAUAUUUAAUAUUUUCAGCCAUCUUUUAAUUGUUGUAUUUUUUGCCUUGCAUUUGUUUUCUGAAAGUGAAGGUGGUUAAUAAUGUAAUUUCACUGUGCGUUGAUAGUCGCAGCGAAAACGGAAAAUAUCUUCAUGUAUGUUUUUUUAAAAUGUAAACUGAGAAUAAAAGUCUGUCAGCCAACUAUGAUACAAACUAUGAUAUGAAAAUACUGUUGGAUGUCCAAGGUCACUUUUUAAAUGAUCUGCUCCAUCUAUCACCAAAUAUGUUUAAGGGAGCUCAGGUCAAAAUUUAGUUUGGUCCGUAAAUGUUUCUUGUAAGCACCGUGCAAUUUUAAAAGCAGUUUUCCGAAAACUACCAGGGAUGAAUGUCCAAUACCAUAUUCAGCACCCUGCUGUUUUAUUAACAGUAGUAUAAUUUUUAUAUAUAGCUGAGGUUACAAGACACAUUAGCACAUUUCUAAGUGAUCUCGUAAGAACAUUUUUAAAAAAUAAUUUCCUCUAGUAUUUUUUAAUGUUAGAGCAAGAGCAGUAUUGAUUUUGAACAAUAAUCAACAUUUUCCUGUUUCUUAAAACUUUUGCUAAUGUGUAUACCAACACAUAAAAUGACAAAAAAGACCUAAUUUUGAACAAUGUCCAAGAGAUGUCUACGGUCAGAUUUUUGUGUCAUGAUUGAACGCUUAUUGCUGUCGUCAAACGAAGAACCCAACCUUAUUUCCAUUGGUGUCUGAUGUAGAAUAGCCAAGCUACUGUAUUCUUUUGCUUAGCUGUUUUCUGUCCAACCAGUUACACAUUAUAACCACUUUUAUGCAGAGUUUUUGGUGUGGUUUUUUUUAGCUACUGCAAGUGUCCGCAAAAGUGGCAAAAGAAGGCAAGUGAGUCACAUGACAGUGCUGUUGCAUUGACCAACCAGUUACAUCAUCCCAGGGUGAAAAUGUGGUUCCCCUGUGAAAUGAAUGAUAUGAUACAAACACGUGCAUAAGUUCUAUGACCCAUUAAAGUCUGUGGCUAUUUAAGUUUACAUGAAAGGAGUCAUUCAUACGCAAUAAACAUGCACACAAACGGCGGGAAGUCACAGCUGGGCCCUCCAGGGUACGAUUUUAGGGGCUGUGUGCCUCGGUCAAGGUCAUAUAAGCCAUGACGACUGCUGAGGGAUAUCCUAGUGUUUUCCUUUCUAUUCUUUCAACACCAGCAGCCCUCCUUCGGGACCAUGGCUGUCUGCUUCUGACCAUUAAACUGGCAGACAGACAGCGUGUGUAAAACAAUGCAGUUUGACCAACUUCACUUUUACUUGUUGAGCUCACAAAAGGUCCAGACGUCUUCAUGCAC